CCCGCCCCACCAUUGCCUAUGGUUACAACCGGCCUCGAUGCUCCUUAGUCUCUAGAAAGUUUAUUUAAGAAAUGUAAAAACCCACAGGAGUUAACAUUGCCUGCUCCUGAGAUCGCCUGAUACUCACAGUGUGUUCAGCCUGUAUGACCAUAUCAGGAACACGGAAACCGCGCACCUGUAAACUGACGUCAUACGCUGAAAGUACCUGCAUCAACUUGUCCAUCUGAACUCGGUCAGUCACUCACUACCUUACCUUCAGGAGAGAAGACAAAGACGCCACGACGGAAACCCGCAAAGGAAUAUAUUUAUAAUUCAUUUAAUUACUUUACUUUCAUUGCGAGGAGUAUUGGAAGAGGAUUUACUGACAGAUGGGGACCGUUCAGUUCGCGGUUUUGGGCAUUUUAAUCUUCGUUUUUCAGGCCUCUACUUUAGUGACAGCUGAGGAGCCAACAUGUGUACCUGGGUUCGAAUCGGAUCUGAUGAUUUUCAAAGUGUCCAGAAAGCACCUGAAGCUGGAUUUACCCCUGGGAAAAGUGGGCUUCACUGACUGCACAGACCGCACAGUAUUUGUUUUCCAAAGUGAUGACCGCCAUUUCAUGGUACAUGCAGACGGCACAUUGAAGGUAAAAAGACCUUUAGAUAUUCAUGGACACCGGGAAUUCUUUGUCCACUCCUGGGACGCACAAGGUCGCAAAAUGAGUGUUAACGUCAGAGUGUUGCACCAUAGAAAUCACCAUGGAAACCACCACCAAAAUGUUGAGCAUCACCAUGGAAACCACCACCAAAAUGUUGAGCAUCACCAUGGAAACCACCACGGAAACCACCCCCAAAAUGUUGAGGAUCACCAUGGAAACCACCACGGAAACCACCCCCAAAAUGUUGAGCAUCACCAUGGAAACCACCCCCAAAAUGUUGAGCAUCACCAUGGAAACCACCACCAAAAUGUUGAGCAUCACCAUGGAGACCACAAACGCCACAACCAUCAGCACCACCACACGGAGGUUGACUCUGUUAAUAAGAUAGAGAAUGCCACCGAUCAACAGGUGCCCAUUCUGCACUUUCCUAAGUCUGGUCCAGGGCUGAGGAGGAGGAAGAGAGACUGGGUUAUUCCUGAAAUCAAUGUUGCUGAGAAUAGCAGAGGACCCUUCCCCCAGAAAGUAUCUCAAAUCCGUUCUAAUGAGGAUAAACUGAAGAGGAUCUAUUACAGCAUCACUGGUCCAGGAGCUAGUCAGCCACCUGUUGACCUUUUCACCAUGGACAGAGACUCUGGUACACUGUAUCUCACACAACCACUGGACAGAGAGCAACAGGCCUUGUACAUGUUUGAAGCACAUGCUGUAGCAGAUGGUUCAGGAAAUGCUGAGGCUCCUAUGGAUAUUGUAGUGAAAGUAAUUGACCAGAACGACAACAACCCUAUUUUCACUCAAGACACCUUCCUGGGAGAAGUUGCUGAGGCCUCAAAAAUAGAUGAUGUGGUGAUUACGGUUGUUGCCACAGAUGAUGACGAGAAAGAUAACGACAACUCUGAUGUCUACUACCGUAUCAUAAGCCAGGAUCCAGCGUUGCCCAGCAAUUCGAUGUUCGUCAUCAACCAAAACAACGGGGCCAUCAGAGUCAAUGCCGGUGGGCUGGACAGAGAGAAAUACCCAAAGUACACUCUGGAGGUAGAAGCCGCAGACAUGAGGGGAAUAGGGUUGAAAGGAUUCGCGAAAGUAAUCCUGACUAUCACAGAUAGCAACGACAAUGCUCCGACCUUCACUCAGCCCUUGUAUGAGGCAACAGUUGCAGAAAAUAAAGUGGACGCUCGGGUCAUUAUGAUGUCAGUAACAGAUGGUGACGAACCACAUUCCCUAGCGUGGAACGCCAAGUUCACAAUUGUCGAUGGUGAUCCUGGAGGACUUUUCACAGUGAAAACGGGAACUAACAAACAAGAAGGAAUCAUUUCUACUGCUAAGAGUCUUGACUUUGAGAAGAGCAGCAAGCACACUCUGUUGGUUGCUGUGGAGAAUGACGUUCGUUUUGCUGUUCCUCUGCCCACUGCCACCGCCACAGUGGUGGUGACUGUGCAAGAUGUCAAUGAAGCUCCAGUCUUUGAUCCAAUAGAGAAGCAAGUGUCAAAACGGGAGGACCUUUUAGUCGACAGUGAUGUGGUGCAGUACACCGCUUCUGACCCAGACACUGCACUAAAACAGAAAGUCAUGUAUAGAAUAAUUAGAGACCCUGCCGGCUGGCUGCAUGUGGGUAAAGAGACUGGCCUGAUUAAAGUAAAAAAUAUGAUGGACAGGGAAUCCCUCUUCGUCAAGGACAACAAAUACACAGCACUCAUUGGUGCAUAUGACAAUGAUGAGGUCCCAGCCACAGGAACUGGCACUCUUAUAAUUCACCUUGAAGAUGUCAAUGACAACGCUCCCACCAUUGACGAACGUGCAAUCAAGGUGUGUAACAAGGAAUCUGUUCCUCAACUGCUGUCGGUAACAGAUAAAGACGGAAUUGGCUUUGCUGCUCCAUACAGCAUCAUUUUACAGGGCCCGUCGAAGACCAACUGGACUGCUAGGAUGAACGAAUCCAAAACGGGCAUCAUCCUGAGUUUAGCCUCUGAGCUACCCAGUGGAGAUUACACUGUGGUCCUGAGGGUUUCAGACAACCUUGGCAUGGAGCAGGACAGCACAGUCCAGGCCACAGUGUGCGACUGCACUGGGGAAGAUGUGAUCUGCAAAGGGCGUGUAGCAGGCGGCACCGGACUUCCCCUAAUCCUGGGAAUACUGGGAGGCAUCCUGCUGCUGCUAAUGCUGGUGUUGCUGCUGCUGCUAUUCGCGAGACGGAGAAGAGGAGAGAAGAAGGAACCUUUACUGCAAGAUGACGAUAUCAGAGACAACAUCUACUACUAUGAUGAAGAGGGAGGCGGGGAGGACGAUCAGGACUAUGAUCUGAGUGUUCUUCACCGUGGUCUGGACAACCGACCCGAGGUGUUCAGAAACGACGUGUUGCCUAACUUCAUGCCGGCUCCUCAGUACCGACCUCGCCCCGCCAACCCAGAAGAAAUCGGCAACUUCAUUGAUGAUAACAUGAAGGCAGCCGACAACGACCCUACAGCACCCCCCUAUGACUCCCUGCUGGUGUUUGACUAUGAAGGAGGCGGCUCUGACGCAGGAAGCCUCUCCUCUCUGAACUCGUCGAGCAGCGGAGACCAGGACUACAACUGCCUCAGUGAGUGGGGACCCCGCUUCAAGAAACUGGCUGACAUGUACGGAGGAGGAGAAGAUGAUGAUGACAUGCUGUAAAUGUACCAAAGAACUUAAAGUAAUAUGGAUAGGUAGAUGCACAUAUGGCUGUGUGAAUGUAAAAUUGACAUAACCAUGAAUUGGUAAAUAACUGCAUCCCAGGGAAAGUGGACAUCAGGAGGCCCACUGAUGGGUUUUUCUGUGUUGGGAUUGAGGAUGUAUUUUUGUCAGAGCAGUCUUUUUACAGUAACUGCUCAGAAACCAAAGGAUGAGUUUGUUUUUUUAUACACUAGUUCCCCAUUUUGAAUGGUUGAGCUCUGUCUGCCUGUCUUUUAGAUCCCUGUUUAGUUCUUGGCUAAAGACCAACUGUGUUUGUCUGUUUUCUGUUCCUUGAGCCGUGAAGCCACAUCAGUCUCAAUGUUGCUCUAUGGAUUUUGUACAGAUAUUUCAGCCUGUGUUGUAGCUUAGGUGGUGACACUGGAUACGUACACGGAUGCAGUUACACUGGUAACGUUUGUUUAAUUUUGGCAAUGUAUGGUACUUAACUUUUUUUUUUUAAUGGAGUUGGUACUACUGCUUCAGCUCAAUGGGAAAUCCAGGUAGCCAGCCAACGCCACAUCAGCCCGAGGGUGUGAUCAAUGAUUUAUAUAGAAAUGCUUUUUUAAAUGUGUCUGUUCAGUUGACAUCUUUAUUACAUUGUAAUGUCAAACACUUUUUACCAUAACCUCCAAUGGUACUUUAUUGCAAAUGCUUUGUUCAUUUAGAUUUUUUUAUUAUAAAGUUAUCUUAAUACAAUG